AUGAAGGAGAUCAAUCCCAACUUCUUCUAUGCCAUAGAUGUUGACGAUGCUAAUAAAUUUAAGAGCGCACUCUGGGUAGAUGCAAGGUGCAGGGCUUCGUAUGAAUAUUACGGAGAUGUGGUAUCGUUUGACACCACAUACAGAAGAAACAGGCAUGGUCUACCAUUUGCAUCCUUUGUCGGUGUAAACCACCAUGGGAAGUCUACUCUUCUUAGUUGUGCUUUACUUGGCAGUGAGGAGAUCCCUAGUUUCGAGUGGGUGUUCACGCAGUGGGUGAGAUGCAUUUGGCAGAUAAUGAAGAAAACACAAUUCAAGCUCGGUGGCUACGCUAGGUACGGAGAAUUGAGUGCAAUGAUGAAUCACAUUGUGUAUAACUCUCCUUCGAGUGAAUCGUUUGAAGUUGAUUGGGCUGCUUUCAUCAAAGAAUUUGCGUUAAGCCAGAACAGAUGGUUAGCAGAUCUUUAUGCGAAUCGACGUAAGUGGGUGCCAAUAUUCUUCAAGAGUGAAUUUUGGGCCGGCAUGAGGAGUACAUAUCGGAGUGAAAGUAUGCACGCAUUCUAUGGUGGAUACCUGCAUUGCAAAGGUGGGUUGGUUCAGUUCGUCCAUGAAUACGAUAACAUGCUUGGAAACAAGGAAGUUGACACAGUACCGAGCUGCUAUAUUCUUCCUCGAUGCAGUAAGAAUUUCAUCCGCAAGCACACUUACAUUAAGAGUAGCCAUGACGUGGCUCGAAGUAAUGAAAGCCACAAUUUGUUCAGGCAUCUGUGUUCGGAGUUCUAUAACGUUGCUCAGGAGUUUGUUGCUUGUGAAGAGAAAGCAGCCAUCUUGUGA